AAGAAAAUCAAGAAAAUGAAUCAACACAACCACCCUUUGCUUUUCAUUUCCUCUUUCUUCCUAAUCUUCCAAUCCAUUUUUUGUCUUCCACAAAUUCGACAUUCAUUCCCCAAAUGUAUUUGCAAAACCAACAACAACAACAACUGUCUCUCCAACACUUCACUUUUCUUGCAGCCUCAAACUUCGACAUACGACGCCGUUUUGCAGUCCACAGUACAAAAUCUCCGAUGCCUAGACCCGUCAGUACCUAAACCCGCCCUGAUCUUCACGCCGGCGGCCGAAUCCCAAGUCGGCGCCGCCGUCAAUUGCGCCGCCAAUCUCGGAAUCCAUUUACGGACAAGAAGCGGCGGCCAUGACUACGAGUGUCUGUCCUACUCGUCGGCGCUCCGAUCGCCGCCCCCGUUUAUACUCAUCGACCUCCGAAAGCUCCGCGCCGUGAACAUCGACGCCGCCGGCGAUACGGCGUGGGUGCAAGCCGGCGCCACCGUCGGCGAGCUAUAUUACCUAAUUUCGCAGAAAAACCCCCGCCGCGGCUUCCCCGCCGGACUCUGCCCCAGCCUCGGCGUCGGCGGGCAUAUCACCGGCGGCGCGUACGGUACGAUGAUGAGGAAGUACGGCCUCGGGAUCGACAACGUCGUCGACGCGCGAAUCGUCGACCCGACCGGAAAAAUCCUCGACCGUAAAUCCAUGGGCGAAGAUGUCUUCUGGGCAAUCGGCGGCGGCGCAGGCGGCAGUUUCGGGAUAAUCCUCGCCUGGAAAGUCAAACUCGUCGAAGUUCCGGCGAUCGUGACGGCGUUCACUGUUCCGACAACUCUCGAACAAGGUGCGACGAAAAUGCUCUACAAAUGGCAGCAAAUCGCCGACAAAAUCGACGAGAAUCUCUUCAUCAGAGUCAUAAUCCAGCCGGUCAACGCCACCAUCGGAAAACGAACAAUCCAGACGACCUACGACGCGCUUUUUCUCGGCAGGGCGGACAACCUCUUAACAAUAAUGGCUAAAUCCUUCCCGGAACUCAAUCUGAAAAAAAAAGACUGCGCCGAGAUGACGUGGAUCGAAUCGGUAGUACGGAUCGGAAGCUUCCCGCCGGGAACUCCGCCGGCGGCGCUGCUCGCCGGAAAAGCGGCGUUCAAAACCCAUUUCAAGGCGAAGUCGGAUUUCAUCAAAUCGCCGAUUCCCGAAAAAGGUCUGGAAGGGCUGUGGAAAUUAUUUCUUGAAGAAAACUCGCCGUUGACGAUAUGGAAUCCGUUCGGCGGGGAGGUGGGGAGAAUUCCGGCGGACCGUACGCCGUUCCCGCACCGAAACGGCGUCGUUUUCAUGGCGCAGUACCUGAUAAACUGGCCGGAAAAUUCGACGGCGGAGUCGAUAAAGAAGCAUUACGAUUGGAUAAGAAGAAUGUACGAUUACAUGGGGCAGUAUGCUUCGAAGAGUCCGAGGGAAGCGUACGUUAAUUACAGGGACGUCGAUUUGGGGGCGGUGAACGUGAAUCGGACGGCGGCGGCGCCGCCGGGGGAAUGGGCGGCGAAGUAUUUUAAAGGGAAUUUGAAGAGGUUGGAAAUGGUGAAGUCGAAGUUUGAUCCAGGCAACUUUUUCUGGCACGAGCAGAGUAUUCCGCCGGCGCCGGCGACGUCGAAGGUCUGAAUCUCCGGCGGGAUCUGAUUUGAAUGAUUAUUGUAUUGUCUGUUUUCGGAAAGGUAUUCACGAUCUACUGUUGAAGGUGUGACUUAGGGUGGGAAUAUAAUAGUGACUAAUAAGUAAUUUUAAUUUGGUAUAUUCGUAUAUUACUAAUUUGUGUUCACUCUAACGAAUAUAUAUA